AUGAUUGGUAUUUCUUUUGCCAGUUUCAUUUUUAUGGCAUAUGGUUAUUUAGAUUUAUCACCACUUAAAAAUAUUCAAGAUAAUGAAAAAAUAUAUGGUAAAAAAUUAUUGUCUGAUUUUUUAAAACAUGAUUCUUUAUUUGAUGAUAAUCAAUACAUACCAUAUUCACAUUAUUCAUUAAAAUACAACAAUAAAGAAGAUAAUGAAGAUCUUAAAAGAACUGAAAAAAGUUUUCAUUAUCGUAGAUUAAAUAUUCCAUUAAUAACAAAACCUAAACAAACCAAAUAUACAAGAAGUAAUUGUUUCUUGUCCCCAGUUCAAUGUAGUUUUUUUCUCCCAUAA